UAAAAAAUGUCUUAAAUAUACGGAAUGUCCAAAAAAAGUUUUGUGAUAUAUUGAAACUAUAUAAUCUAUGAAAAUAUUGUUCGUUAUUAUUAGUAUUAUGCUCGUAUUUUAAUAAAAAAAAUACCUUAAAUAUACAGAAUGCCCAAAAAAAAUUUCUCGGGGGCGGUACAAGUUCAGCCCCCCGAACUUAAUUCCUGGCUCCGUCCCUGACGCAAUCCUAUGUUCUGUAAAUCUAUCAUAUCACCCAUAGUAUAUUUUUAAGACAAUAAAGCUUAAUCUUCCACAUCAUUUAUGAGUUUGUGGUAAGCGAUGCAGCUGCGCAAAUCGGAGUCUGCUACGGUAGAAACGGCGGAGGAUUGCCCCCUCCAUCCCGAGUCGUGGCUCUAUUCAACCAAUACAACAUCAAAAGAAUGCGAAUUUACGAUACUGAUCCCGCCACCCUCCAAGCCCUCCGCGGCUCCAACAUCGAGCUCACCGUCGGAAUCCUAAACGCCAACCUCCAACAAAUCGCCGCCAGCCAAGCCAACGCCGAUUCCUGGGUUCAAACCAACAUCCGCAGCUACGGCGACGUCCGCUUCCGCAACAUCAUAAUCGGAAACGAAGUCAGCCCGAUCCGGCCCGAAACCUCCCAGUACGUGCCGUUCCUCCUCCCCGCCAUGCGCAACAUCCGCGCCGCCAUCAACGCCGCCGGCCUCGGCCAGAUCAAGGUCACCACGGCCGUGGAGACCGAGGUGUUGGACCCCGCCACCAACUUCCCGCCGAGCAAAGGGGAGUUUCGGGCCGAGGUGAAGCCGUUCCUGGACCCCAUCGUGGCGUUUCUGGUGGACACCGGCGCCCCUCUGUUCACCAACGUAUACCCAUUCUUCGCCUACAUGAACAAUAUGGCGCAGAUCUCUUUCAAUUACGCCUUCCUGCAGCCGAAUAGCGGGAUCAUCGCCGACGGAGUGUACUACGACAAUCUCUACUACGCGCUGCUGGACACCAUGAACGCGGCUCUGGAGAAGAGCACUGCCAGAAUGUUCGCUCCGGCGCAGAACGGGCCGAGGAAGCCGCCGCCGGAGCAGGGCGGGGGAGAGACCGGCGCGUCGACCGACGGGGGGACGGAUGCGACUGCUAGUAUUGAAAAUGCGAGGAUCUAUAACAAUAAUUUGAUUCGGGUUGUCAAGAAUGGGACGCCGAGGAGGCCUAAUAAGCCCAUCGAGACCUAUAUAUUUGGUAUGUUUGAUGAGAAUGAGAAGCCCGGCCCGGAAAUUGAGAAGCAUUUCGGCCUGUUUUAUGCCAACGGCCAGCAAAAAUACCCCAUCGAUUUUAGCUAAAUGGCUAACUUAGCUGUUGUAAUCCUUGAAUAAUUGUAAGGGCCUUUGCUCUGUAUGUCUGUGCAACAAUUAUGAUAAUAAGAAAGAUUAUAGAUAA